ACUUCCUGCCCGUCCGGGGCCCAGACUUCCGGUGGCUGCUGGCGCCGGCUCCAAGAUGGCGACGUCGCUGGGUUCUAACACCUACAACCGGCAGAACUGGGAGGACGCGGACUUCCCCAUUCUGUGUCAGACAUGCCUUGGAGAAAACCCCUACAUCCGAAUGACCAAAGAGAAAUAUGGAAAGGAAUGUAAGAUCUGUGCCAGGCCCUUCACGGUGUUUCGCUGGUGCCCCGGCGUUCGCAUGCGCUUUAAGAAGACAGAAGUAUGCCAAACCUGCAGCAAGCUGAAGAAUGUCUGUCAAACCUGUCUGCUUGACCUGGAAUAUGGUUUGCCUAUCCAGGUCCGGGAUGCAGGACUUUCCUUGAAAGAUGACAUGCCUAAAUCUGAUGUUAAUAAAGAGUACUACACCCAGAACAUGGAGAGAGAGAUCUCAAACUCUGAUGGCACAAGGCCAGUUGGCGCUCUGGGAAAAGCUACUUCAACCAGUGAUAUGUUGCUUAAGCUGGCUCGGACCACCCCAUACUACAAACGCAACCGCCCGCACAUCUGUUCCUUCUGGGUGAAAGGAGAAUGUAAGCGAGGGGAAGAGUGUCCUUACAGACAUGAGAAACCUACAGACCCAGAUGAUCCUUUGGCUGAUCAGAACAUCAAGGACCGUUACUAUGGUAUUAAUGACCCUGUGGCUGACAAGCUUCUGAAACGGGCAUCAACCAUGCCUCGUCUGGACCCGCCUGAUGACAAGAGCAUUACUACGCUCUAUGUGGGAGGUCUCGGAGACACUAUCACUGAGACUGAUCUCAGAAAUCACUUCUACCAAUUCGGAGAGAUCAGGACGAUAACAGUGGUCCAGAGGCAGCAGUGCGCGUUCAUCCAGUUUGCCACGCGGCAAGCUGCAGAAGUGGCUGCUGAGAAGUCCUUUAACAAGCUCAUCGUCAACGGUCGCAGACUCAACGUCAAGUGGGGGAGGUCCCAAGCGGCAAGAGGAAAAGAGAAGGAAAAAGAAGGUACUACAGAUUCUGGCAUAAAGCUGGAGCCAGUGCCAGGACUCCCAGGAGCUCUUCCCCCUCCUCCAGCAGCCGAAGAAGAAGCAUCUGCAAACUAUUUCAACCUACCUCCCAGCGGCCCUCCUGCCGUGGUUAACAUUGCCCUGCCGCCGCCUCCCGGCAUAGCUCCGCCACCACCUCCAGGUUUUGGGCCUCACAUGUUCCAUGCCAUGGGGCCCCCACCUCCCUUCAUGAGAGCCCCAGGUCCCAUCCACUAUCCUUCUCAAGACCCACAGAGGAUGGGCGCCCACGCUGGGAAGCAUAGCAGCCCCUAGCACACCUCCGCCACGUUCACGGAUUGCGUGCAUGUCAUUUUUCUUUAGUUUCCAUGGUAGCAUAAUAUGUUCAGCUGUGGGCGAGCUGGAGGCUAAGCCUUGCUUCCUUGCCAGUGCACACAGGGUGAGCUGAGCUCUGUUAUGUUGCCACUAGCUAAUCAGAUCAUUAUCAUACCCUGCAUCUUUCACUGUUAU